AUGUCAAAACUUGAUUUAAACUCAGAAUCUGAUUGUGAGUUUUGGGUUGACUAUGAUGCCCAUCCAAAUUUGGAUUCAGAUCUUUCAAGAAACUGUAAAACUAAAACCAUCUCUCAAUUCUAUCCUAAUCUCGAAGACGAUCUAAAAGACCAGUUAUCCUCUCAGCCUUCUCAAUAUCAUCGAGAAAGGAUCCAAAUUAUUGUUGAUCGUAUCCGAGAAGCUGCCAAAGUGCAUCACCAAAACGCUUUAGACUUAGCACUUAGAAAAAUCCACAAAGAAUAUCAUAAAAAAAUCCAAGAGCUGCUUCAAAGUCAUCAAAAUACUCUAAUUGAACUUAAACAAGACUAUGAUAAAAUGAGAAUCCUCAUAAAUGCAAAAGAUUUGGAACUUGAUGAGCUCAGGUCAUUCUGCUGCGAGCAAGAAUUAGCAAUCUCAAAACUUCGUCAAAAAAAGAGCAAAGAAGAAAGAAAAACAGAGCAAAUAGUUCAUAAUAAAUAUGACCCUGAAAAGGAUAAAGAUAUGAAAGCCUUAUAAUUAAAAGAAAGAAUGGUGUAUGACGGAAAUUGGACUCCGAUAGCACUCCUUUGGAGUAGGUAUAACCCAUCCUGAAGCUGAGAACAGGGCCUCUAUCCCUUUUUGAAAUAGCCUCGCCAAGACAGAAGUUUAUUUCUCCCUGAAGGUUUUCCUGUUCCUGCAAGAUGGGCUAGACAGGCUUGUCUAUCAGUCGACUUUCGGACGGUUAUUCUGCCCAAGGAAGGAGCUGAUCAUUGGGCAGGUGGUUUAUCUCUAUUUUUUAUGAACUCCGAGAUAUAUGAAGAUUGGCUUUUGGUGCUGAGACAAGGCAGGUGGCUAGUGUCAACUCAGCUUACGGUUGCAUAACUCUUAAUUUUAACUUAUAUUUAAAGCUUGAUGCGAUGAAAGAUAUGGUCCAAAUGUCCCAAAAACAAACUGAUGAAGCAAAGGCAAAGCUGAAAUCUUAUGAAGAGUUUAUGAGAAAAAGAGAAAAAGAAAACGAUGAAGCUUGGAUUAAUAAGAAAAAAGAAACAGAAGCUAGAGAGCAGGAGCUACUGAAUGAAAUUAAAAUGCUGAAAGAAAGGCAUAACAGUUUUAAAGCAGAAGUUAAUAGAGAACUAGAGGUGAGACAAGUCAUAAAUAAGAAGCAAAAUGAUUUGAUAGGUGAAUUGCAAAACGAUUUGAAGUCGGCUAAACUAGUUUUGGUUACUCCAAGGCUGCAUAAUCAGUUUAUAAGAAAAUACAGAAGCAUAUCACAGGAUUACGGGGAAGUGGAAAAACCUAAAGAGCAGGAAGUGAGAUUUGUAAAAAAGCUGCCAAUAAAGCCAUAUACGUCGUUUAAUCGAAUUGACUUGAAAAAACAAGAGGUGUCAUUGGAGUAUGGGGUGAGCACAAGAGCUUCUCCUGCAUGUAUAAGUAGCCCUGAUGAUCUUAAUAUCACUUUUCCAAUUGUGGUAACACAUACUAUUUCUAGAAAAUAA